AUGACUCCACCCAGUGGCCUGAGUAUGGGAGCUAGUGCCUGCAGUGUCGAUGAAUUCAAGGACGACAUUCCUGCUCCUCCGCCAGUGCGUAUCACAAAAGUUGAAGUGGAUCGUCGCAAGUCACAAGCGGUGGCAAUACAAGGCAUUUGCUAUGCGGUUGCAUUUCUGUUGAGCUACUCAUUGAGUUAUGUGGCUAUCAUACGGUUCCAUAUAAGAGGCAGUGGAAAUGAUAUAUUGGAUUAUAUUGCCCUGUGCAUCUUGGCACCUUCUGCUGGGACUUUCAACUACAUUGUCUUUGCGCGCACAAGGGUCAUGAAGACUCCUGAGGGGAAAUUUCUCAAGGCGUUGUUCUUCUGUACCUGCUUGCGCAAGAACGAGGAGAUCAAACGUAACAGCCAACAAAAAUUCAGGAAGUCUGCACCGGAUCAAGAGCUCCAACACUGCCAGCCAGCGACUGUGUCAAAUGACCUUUACAUUCCAGAUCUGGACAUCCCGGAUCUGGAGGAAUCACCACAGGUCUCCGGAGUCAGAGAAUCUGGUUCUGAAGAUGCGGGUGUCAUUGAGUAA